AUGAACUCAACACCUGUUGGAACAAGAGUCAGGAAUAAUAGAGAAUCGAUGUCAAAUAUAACUAUCAAUAAACUACUGCUACCGAAUAAUUUAAAAUUAAAGAAAUCUCAUUAGAAUUCUUAGAGUCAGCAAAUUUUGGAUUAACAAAUAGAUGAAAAUGUAUUUUAUAUUCCGAAAUAAACUUUGAGAAGAGCUAAAUAUUCAGAAUAAAAUAUUAUGACAAGCUCAACAGCAGGAAAAUCAUUGCAAUCCCAUCUAAUUGGUAAGUUUUUGAAUGAAAAUAUCAUAAAAUUCCAUUAAAUAAAGUCUCGAAAGUAAAUUGGCAUUAAAGAAUUGGUGUCAUCUUCAAAAACUUAUCACGCAACAAAAAAAGAUGGGAAUAUAAACACAGAACCAAAUUAGGAUAAAUAGUCUCUCCCUUUUAUGCCUCAAUUGAAAUCAUCCUAAAUAAUUGAUGAUUAAUAUAAAUUCACUUUUUAUAGUCCGAAGACUUAGGAGAAUAAACUUAGGUUGCCCAAAGAAUUCUAAAUUCAACCCUGUAGUAAGAAAAAAUAUUUUAUAUGA